AUGAGAGUGAAUCUGCUUKUCGCAUCGUACAGCGUUGCUGCUGUGCUCGCUGCACCCCUCCAGGACAGAUCCGACUAUGCAGUCCACAGUUCUCACUUUGUACCGGAGGGAUGGACUAGAGGCAGCAAGCCUCAGGCUGAACAACUGCUUAAGCUCCGGAUCGGUCUGAAGCAAGCUUCAUUUGGGGCACUUGAGCAAGACUUGUUCGAAGUCAGUGAUCCGAAUCACGUUCGCUAUGGCCAGCAUCUUUCUUCCAGCGAAAUUCACGCCCACACUGCGCCUUCCAAGGAGUCACUCGAUGCGGUGCACCAAUGGCUCGAGGAACAUGACAUCUUCGCCCAUCAGCUUGAAUACAGCGAGCCGAAAGACUGGAUGAUGAUUUCGCUUCCGGUGCUUAAGGUGGAACAGCUGCUCGAUACUGAAUAUCAUCAGUAUCAGCACGCCGACGGUACGCAGGUCGUCCGAACAACGCAGUACAGCCUACCAAAAUCUCUUCAACACCAUGUUGACAUGGUUGCUCCAACAAACUAUUUUGGUAACCCCAAGUUCUUCGGCUCUACUGUGCGGAUUUCGGAGGAGAUGGCUCCUAACAGCGAACUUGCUGCCCUUACAGGAGCGUCAGCUCCUGCAGGCUGCUUGACAACGGCUGUCACACUCUCGUGCGUUCGAGAUCUAUACAAAACCAGCGACUACAAGCCAAAGGUUCCGGAGAAGAACUACGUCGGAAUCACCAACUAUCUCAACCAGACGCCGUCUGWUCUUGACUUCCGCGCAUACAUGACGUUGAACAGGCCAGAUGCGAACCCGAACUACACAUUUACUCGACAGAUCAUCGCUGGGGCUGCCGACAAUCAGCUCAUGCCCGGUGUCGAGGCAGAUCUAGACGUUGAAGCCGUUGGCGGAAUCGCAUAUCCAACCAGGUUCACAUCUUACUCUACUGGAGGGUCGCCACCGUUUGUAGCCGAUGCCAACACUCCAACGGACACUAACGAGCCAUAUCUCACCUGGCUGGACUAUGUCCUCAAACAAAAGGACGUUCCUUAUGUCAUAUCGACCUCUUACGGAGAUGACGAACAGAGCGUGCCCAGGGACUACGCUAUGCGUGUUUGCCACGAGCUGGCUCAACUUGGAGCAAGGGGAGUAACACUCUUGUUCGCUUCAGGCGACUUUGGAGUUGGUAACACCGGCACAUGUGUCUCCAACGACGGCAAGAACACCACGAAAUUUCUACCAGCAUUUCCAGCAAGCUGCCCAUAUGUCACCACAGUCGGAGGAACAAUGGGUUUCAGCCCGGAAGUCGUCGCCAAAGACGGUGCCUAUGUUCCAGGAGGUGGCUUCAGCGACUACUUUGCACGACCGUCCUACCAGAACGCUGCGGUAACAAGUUACCUUGCCAGCAUUGGUACCUUAAACCAGGGUCUCUACAAUGCAUCUGGCCGCGCUUACCCCGACAUCGCCGCACAGAGUGUUCACUUCUUGAUCAACUACCAGGUAGCACCAAACCUCGUGGACGGAACCAGUGUUGCAUCCCCCGUCGCUGCCGGAGUUCUCACUCUUGUAAAUGACGCCCUCCUCGCCGCAGGCAAAAGCCCACUGGGUUUCCUAAACCCGAUGCUCUACUCCAGCAAAGGAGCAGGUUUCACAGAUAUCACCUCCGGUACCGUCACCGGUUGCAGUGACACUACGGUUGGGUUCCCCGCAAAAGCUGGCUGGGACGCAGCAAGUGGCUUUGGAUCGCCAAAUUUCAAGGCUAUUCGGGCUUCGCUUGGUGUUUGA